AUGCCACCCCACAGAAAUGGAAGCCUCUCAGUGGUGCCCCUGCAGGAGUUUGUGCUGGAGGGGUUUGAGGGUGGCCGGGAGACCCAGGCCCUGCUCUUUGCUGUGUUCCUGGCGCUGUACGUGGUGGCCGUGCUGGGGAACCUCAGCAUGAUCGUGCUCAUCAGCCUGGACGCCCGACUGCACUCCCCAAUGUACUUCUUCCUCAAGAGCCUCUCCUUCCUGGACCUGUGCUACUCAUCUGUCACCGCCCCCAACGCCCUGGCCAACUUCCUCUCCCCGUCCAAGGCCAUCACCUUUGAGGGCUGUGCCGCCCAGUUCUUCUUCCUCUCCCUGUUUGCUACUACAGAGACUCUCCUCUUGGCAGUGAUGGCCUAUGACCGCUUCAUGGCCAUCUGCAGCCCCCUGCUCUACCCCGUCACCAUGUGCCCCUCGGCCUGCACCCGCCUGGUGCUGGGCACCUACUGUGGGGGCUGCCUCAACGCCAUCGUGCAGACCAGCUCCACCUUCCGCCUCCCGUUCUGCGCCAACCACAUCGACCACUUCUUCUGCGACGUGCCCCCCCUGCUGCAGCUCGCCUGCACCAACACAGCCCUCAACGAGCUCCUCUUGUUUGGCAUCUGUGGGCUCAUCAUCGUGGGCACCACACUCGUGGUCCUCAUCUCCUACGGCUACAUCACAGUGACCAUCCUGAGGAUGCGCUCGGCAGCCGGGAGACACAAGGUCUUCUCCACCUGCGGCUCCCACAUGACGGCCGUGUCCCUCUUUUAUGGGACCGUCUUUGUCAUGUAUGCCCAGCCGGGAGCUGUGGAGUCCAUGAGGCAGGGCAAGGUGGUGUCUGUCUUCUACACCCUGGUCAUCCCGAUGCUCAACCCCCUCAUCUACAGUCUGCGAAACAAGGACGUGCAGGAGGCCCUGCGGAGGCUGAGCCAGAAACUCACGGUCAUGUGA